AGCUGUGGCGCUGUGGCUGAAGGGUUGGUCCCCGGUGAGCUGCAGCCCUGCCCGCUGGCCGUGGGAGAGGGUUCAAACAAACGCAGGAAGCAACUCCCAGCCCCAUAAAGAUCUGUGACCCGCAGCCCCAGAACUGCCUGCCUUCCUGACUUCCGCUCCAGAGCAAAGGUCAUUCAGCCGCUUGAAUCAGCCUCCCGCCCCCCUUCCCCAACUUUGUUAACCUGAUAAGGAAGGUCAGCACUCAAAGUCAAGAAGAGCCUCUUAUCUUCCCCUGCGCUCUACAAAUAGUUCCGUGAGAAAGAUGGCCGGGAACUCGAUCCUGCUGGCUGCUGUGUCUGUUCUCUCGGCCUGUCAGCAAAGUUAUUUUGCUUUGCAAGUUGGAAAGGCAAGAUUAAAAUACAAAGUCACGCCCCCAGCCGUCACUGGAUCACCAGAGUUUGAGAGAGUAUUUCGGGCGCAACAAAACUGUGUGGAGUUUUAUCCUAUAUUCAUAAUUACAUUAUGGAUGGCUGGAUGGUAUUUCAACCAAGUUUUUGCUACUUGUCUGGGUCUGGGGUACAUAUAUAGCCGUCACUUAUACUUCUGGGGAUAUUCAGAAGCUGCUAAAAAAAGGAUCAGUGGUUUCCGAUUGAGUUUGGGGAUUUUGGCCUUGUUGACCUUCCUAGGUGCCCUGGGAAUUGCAAACAGCUUUCUGGAUGAAUAUCUGGACCUCAAUAUUGCCAAGAAACUGAGGCGGCACUUCUAACUUUUUCUCUUCCCUUUAAUGCUUGCAGAAGCUGUUCCCACCCUGAAGGUGGAUAAGAGCAUGCUUCCCUGUUGCAACUAUGCGAAGAAUCAAAGUAUCCCUCCGUAACUACUAUUACCUAUCCCUUAAAGUAUGUUUCCUACCUAGUUAUUACACACCAAAGCUCUCUCAUAAUGAAAAGUAGUUUUUGAUACCCCCAAAACUCAAAACUUUCAGAUAACACAAUGCAAAACAAAACGGAGCCUUUGAUUUUGAGAGGGAUCUAUCUGCUUUUAAUUCCUGUGGUUUCAUGAGGAAAACAGAGGGUUCCCACCCCCAAAAUGGGGUCUGUGGCGCCUUAUCUGUUUUUCCCCAGGAGUCCCAGGCUACCAGAAGUUAUCUUAGGGCCUCUCAUGUGUGCAUUACGAGUGGCAAGACAAAUAAAAAAAAUUAAAAUGGAGAAAAAUAAUUCAGUUGACUGAGAAGAAAAAGCAUUUUUCCAGAGAAACAAGUUCCAAAAAGAGAAAAACAUUAAUGGCAUUUUAAAUAUAUCAUCUAUUGCUCAUUUAUCCAUUUAUAAUUAAGCUGACUUCUAACCAUAGUGCUCUUUUAAAAAGAAACCCUUUCAGGUCUCUUAUUGGACUUUAACAAUGCCAAGCAGCCAAUAUUUCGAGCUUCUGAACUUUACCAAAGGUAACCUCCUAGGUGCUUAGAGAAAGGAAAAUUUAAGACAGUCCAUGGAGGAGAAGGGAAAAGACAAGUUCAUGCAGACAGGAAACCAGAAACAACUUACUUCCUAGGUGGGAUCAAACCCUGACCACCAAUAUGAAAGUGAAAGAUCUUAGCUACUGAGCUACAGCAAGGAGUGGUCUCCAUUUCUUUUCCCAGAAGGAGUCCAGAGUAGUUAAUUUUGAGCUUGCAAAGGCUUUUAAUUAUUUAAUAUAAACUUUAUUCAAAAUAAACUUUUUUAAUUUUGAAUGUUUAUUGUCCUUGUUUUUAACAUAAUUUACACAUUUACAUUAUUAUAAUGGGUAUGUUUAACAACUGACUUGCAAGAAAAUUCUUGAAAAUUGAAUAACUGGCCCACCUGGGCUGGGAUGAGCCAGCUGGAGCACACCACUGCCCCUCAGCCUCUAAGAGGCCUCAGGAUUACGGUGUCCAUCUUAUGAUAUUGGCCCAAAGGAGAUAGUCUUGGAGGUGCUGCUGACUAUUGAACUUCCUUUUGGAAUGUAUGGGAGAAGGCAGAGAAAGGAAUCUUGAGGCAUACUGCAUCCAGGGACUGCUAUUCUGUCCACUUAUUCAGCUGUGAAUGUCGGUGUUCUUUCUUCCUCUUGUCUGCUACAUGCAGGCCCAGAAUGUAGGGGUUAGUCAAAGGUACAGGAAAGGAAAAGAGAAAAGGGCAAGAGCCCAUCCCCCAAGGAAGGAAGGGCUCCGGGUGCAGAGGGAGCAGGAGCUGAGGUGGAGAUGGCCACUGCCUCUCUCGCCCUCUGUUCCAUCCCUUGGCUUAAGAAAAGCAUUACUGGGUAUAUACCCAAAGGGUUAUAAAUCAUUCUGUUAUAAAGACACAUGCACACAUAUGCUCAUAGUGGCACUGUUUACAAUAUCAAAGACCUGGAACCAACCCAAAUGCCCAUCGACGAUAGACUGGACAAAGAAAAUGUGGCACAUAUACACCAUGGAAUACUAUGCAGCCAUAAGAAACGAUGACUUCGUGUCCUUUGCAGGGACAUGGAUGAAUCUGGAAACCAUCAUUCUCAGCAAACUGACACAAGAACAGAAAGUCAAACACUGCCUGUUCUCACUCAUAGGCGGGUGUUGAACAGUGA